CCAACUAACUACCUGACGGAUUGAAUUUCGGUGUACCACGGCAUGCUUUUUGCAAAAUGGCGAACGUUUGUGUGCCGUGAUCGUCCAAUAACAGCGAAAAAAACUCCAUUGCACUGUGCUUGAAGCUAUUGUUUUCAACCUUAAAAGUAUUUCACAUUUCAAGAUAGAAGUUUUCUUGCGAAAAUUUCAUUCUGCAGCUUUAUGAGAUAAACAAGAACCUUUGUAAAUCAUAUAAUCAAAGUUAUUUCCGUGAAAAUGUCUUACAAUGGUGGAAAAGAGAAAAACAGCAUUAAUGUGCAGGCCACUGCAGAUGACAUGUCAACCAUUACCAAAAAUGAUGCGCUAAAAAUGGAUGGCCUCUCAUUGAAAGAUGUCGAUUCAUCAAUUAAAGACACCGGUCUUGAUUUGGAUGAAGGAGAGUUAGACUAUGAUGAAGAGGAUGGUGAAAUUCCCGAGGAUAAACUAGCACCUGCCAUUAAGGAAUCUUCGUCUAAUGUUGAGAUGAAUGCUCUUAGCGAUAAGUUGGAGAAAGUCAUGGAAGAUGGUGAAAUGGCAGAUAGUGAUGUUGAAGAAGGAGAAAUCCAAGAUGAAGGAGAAGAAGGAGAGAUUUUAUCUGAUGACGAGGCACAAGGGAAAAAAUAUGGUAAAAGAGCAGAGGUUGGAGAAUUAGAGGAGGGCGAAGUGUAUGAACCUGGACAGCAAGAUUUUACUCAGAGAAAGUUGUGUCGAUACUACAGUUUUUCUGGUCAUUGCUCUUGGGGUAUGGGCUGUAAAUUUCUCCAUCCUGGUUUCAAUGAUAAAGGCUCAUAUGUGAUGUUACCUAAUCCUGGAUUGUAUCCAACACCCGUUAAACCUCAGACAACAUCAAGUGAGAAACAAACUGAUAAAGCAUUAUCACCUACACAAGUUUACCCAGAAGAGCCUCUUGAAACAACCAAGGCCAGUGCAAAAAGCGAACGUCUUGCAACGGAACGACUUCUUCGUACUACUAAAGAAACGCCAUGGGAGAAGGGACUUCGUUUAGCCAAAGAGCGCAAAAAGAUGGCGCAAGAGAAGCGUGGAUCGGAUGCCGAAUUUGAGCAAAAGAAAAUGACGUUAGGUAUAACUGUGGAUAUACGUGAACAAGAUGGGAACAAAGAAAACAUGCGCAGGGACGUACGGGAUCUAAGAAAUAAGUUAAUAAGGAAGGAGAGAGGUUUGUCGCAAGAUGAUCAAAUCAGACGUGGCAGAGAGGUUGACACGCGUUCAAGACCUUCAGAUGAAUACCGAUCAACUAAGGAGAAAGACAGAAGAAAGCGUCGUGAUCAAUCGACGUCACCUGAUAGGAAAGAGGAGGAUAGACGGCGUCGCGAGGAGAAAGACUUGGAGAAGGAGAAACAACAACGUGAUGUAGACAGAGAAAAAGAACGCGAAAGGGAACGAGAAAAGCUUCGCUUGAAAGAAAAAGAGGAUGAUGAAAGGAAGGAAAAAGAAAAGGAAAGUCAACGUGAGAAAGAUCGUGAGAAAGAUAGAGAGAGAGAAAGAACGACGACGGCAGUUGGCUGCUGCAGCUGCGUAACCAAGACAACGACGAAAUUUGGACAAUCAGGGGACACUUGGGUAGAUCCAUGGAGACGAGCGCCUUCGCCAAAGGCCCGUAAACGAUCUUCGUCGAGCUCGUCUCAGUCCUCCUCGUCUUCAUCGCAAUCCAGUUCUCCAUCUAGGUCACCUUCUCCUUCGAAGUCAAAGAUUUCCGAACCAUCAAAACAUUCUAGAACUGCGUCCGAAGAAUCAGAGAGUAGCUCGUCCGAUGAAGAUGAAGAUGAUAAGAAAGCUGUUUCUUCUAAAGAACCAUCACAACUUUCUACCACAGAUAAAGAAACUUUGCAACACGGAAAACGAGAUGAGGAAAAGUCUUCAAAUGAUAAAACGACUGAACGGGAUCAGAAAGAAAUUGACUCGAAGUCAAAGUCACUCAUAGAAGCUGUAGAUAUAUCACCACCUCGUGACACAUCACGGGAGAAGUCACGUGACACGAUACGUCACAAAACAAAAGGGGAUGAAUCGGUUGUGAGUAGAACCGAUGGCAAGUCGAAGAUAUCUAGAUUAAGUGAAGAAAAAGCUGAAAAACCAUCGCAGCAGGAACCAGUAUUGAAACCGAGCAACAGCGAAUCAAAGAUAAUGUCGGUACGCGAUGCCAGUCCUAUCAGCUCAGCAAGUAGUGGAAGCAGCAGUGACGAUGAUGAUGAUGAUGAAAGCGGAAGUGAAGAAAGCGGAAGCGAUUCUGAAGGAGAUGAUAAUGAGAAACAGGAGAAGAAGACGAAGAAAGUUGAGAAGAUGGAUGUGGAUAAAAAAGUAGAUGCUGUUAAGAAAGAGGAAAGUUUCAAGAAAACGGAAAUGUCACGUAGAGAAAGCAAGAUUGAGGAUAUUUCCGAUGACGAAAAUAUGAAAAUGAAUGAUGACGAUGAUGGUGAAGAUGAUGAUGAUGAAAGUGGAAGCUCUAGUGAAGAAAGUUCUAGUGCAGAAUCCGAUGAAAGCGACGAAGACGAGGAGAAUAGUAGCGAGAGUGAAUCAGAAUCAGCAAGCGAAGAAGAGGAAGCUAAAGAGAACGUGAGGAAAGAUUCACGAAAGAAAGAGGAGUCGUCACAACUGAAAUCACGGCCUGUUGAAAAACAUCGUGGCGAGAAACAUGUCGGACAAACGUCACGACAUAAUAAUCACCAUGAAGAAAGUAGAUCAAGUAAAGCAGCCUCGUCUCCAAAGUAUGAGCAUUUUUUAAGUUUAUUUUUAUUUGCCAAUUCUUCUGAUCAAAGAAAAUCGUCAGAUCAAAGGCGUUCUUCAUCUGAUCAGAGGAAACAAAAUGAUGCCCACCAACAAUCUGAUACACGCAGGCUUGCUGAUUCUCGAAAAGACCCGGAUGCUCGGAAGCAGUCGGAGUCACGUAAAACCUCAGAUUCUCGGAAGCCGACAACAGACCCUCGCAAAGAGUCGAGAUACAGUCGUCAAACCUCGCCAGUGCAUUCAAAAAGCAAUAGUAUAUCAUCAUCGAAAGAUCAUCAUAGCCACACAAACAGCUCCUUGCGCGGUAGUUCUCAAUAUUCUAGUUCUCGUAGUAACCAUUCUAGUUCUAAGCACGAUUUUAACAAAACACGUGAUAAAUCACGCGAUCAUACACGUGAUAAAUCUCACGACAAAGCACAUGAACAUUCACGUAAAGAGACUUCUGAUCCGCGCAAGCGCUCGCGUGAAGAUAGUGAGUCUGGCGGUAGAAAUUCAAAAAAUAACGCGCAACACGAUGUUGCCAGUAAAACUGGUACCAAGUCCCCCACGACGUCUUCCAGCAGACGUGAGGAGCUACUGCGGGAACUACGGGCGGUAGAAAGUGCUAUUGAACGCAAGCGAGCUAAAAUUGAAUAAUCUUUUGUUCAACUGCACCUUGUCUAAAACAUCUUGCUGUAGUUUAAUGAAGGGCUAAGAAAGUCAGUGUUUUGUAUAAGUCAGAAUGUCUCUUUUAUCAAUAACAAUUUAAGCAUUAACCUAAUUAAUAUUUCUGCUCAUUAAACUCUAGCAUUUAAGACAUUUUGGUUGAAGAAUUGCGGUUUGGAAAGGUCACUCAAUAAAUUAUCGUCAUUGUUGACUGGUUUAAGAUUGUGAUUUAAGAUUGUGGUUUAAGAUUGUGAUUUAAGAUUGUGGCUUAAGAUUGUGAUUUAUGUAAUGCAUAAUAGAUUCCUUUCAUCAUCAUUAGUUGAUGAUGAGUUCCGCGUUCGACAACUCUGCCUUUACGUAAAACCAAUAUAGCGUCAGCAUUUUGAAUUGUAGACAAACGAUGAGCUAUGAUUAUAGUUGUACGACCAAUGCUUGCUUUUUCCAACGCUUCUUGAACAAUCUGUUUGAAAAUGAAUGAACAGAAUAGAUGAAAUCUCAUAAAAUGCCCUGAACACAUGACAAUAUAGGCAAUAAAACAUUCAAAGCGUUGAUACGAGAAGAAUACUUUGGUAUAUGUGUUUAUUUGCUUCGCACGUAACUAAAACCUUUUAACUGUGUAUAGAAAGUUUCAUUAAAACUUUUGCUUUUGGAAUAAA